ACAUUUUUAUUCAUCACUUGUUCUAUCCAUAAAAAAAGUGUUACAAUAAUAUAAGCAGUUGAAUCAAAUGGCUUCCAAGGCUUUGUUUCUUUUGGGUCUCUUUGCACUUCUUCUCGUUGUCUCAGAAGUGGUCGCAGCAUCUGAAAGCCAGUCGGCCACUGUAAAGUCGGAGGGUGAGGAAACAGUGCAACCUGAUCACUAUGGUGGUGGCCAAGGAGGCUACAACGGAGGAGGACGCGGCGGAUACAACGGAGGACGCGGCGGUGGAUACAACGGAGGCCGUAGAGGAAGAGGUGGUUAUUGCCGCCACGGGUGCUGCUACAAAGGUUACCGUGGCUGCGCAAGGUGCUGUUCUUAUGCCGGAGAAGCUGUCCAGACUCAGCCUGGCCACUAAACCUACAUAAUGCCUUCACCAGCAUGCAUGGAUGCAAUCAAUAUAUACACUUAUGUGUGUAUGUAUGAGUACUAGUAGUAAACCGUAGUGCGUUUCUAAUGACGUAAGAAGAAAAAUUAUGGGAAUAAAGUUUCAUUAUGUGUUGUCUCUGUUAUAUGUUAAAAAAAAAUGUGUUGUUGUAAUCUUCGUUGUUUGCGUAAUAAAAUCGUUUCUAUUUUA